AUGGCAACUGUCCGAAAAACUAGAAAACCCAAAACUAAUAGCUUUACCUUCAUUUUGGAUCAGGUCCUCAAUAAAUAUAACCUAUCAGCCAAAUCAAACCCGCUUCAAUUACAUGCUCAUGCUGAUGAGCUUAGUACUAUGCUACCGGAUUGGAAGGCUCGUAAAGAUGUGAAAGAGGCUCUCCAUCGGCGCUUAUUCAAAGAAAAUCAAAUAGGAGUUCUUGUGUCAAACAAAAGAAAGAAAAAGCUCACCAUUGAAAAAAGAGCUCUCUAUUGUGCCAAAACUGGUAAUGAGUGGGAUAUUUAUAUCCAUGCUCUCGAUUUAGGUCCAAAAAGUAAUGACGAAAUCAUUGCCUCCUGUUCGCGACUCUCUUUAUUUCGUAAUGAAUUGGCAAAAGCUAGUAUUGCUCAAGAACCUAUUGAUAUUUAUGCUAAACUUCCGGGUGUUACCACGGCUUCUAACAAAAUUCAGAAAGAACGGACUGAACAAGAUGUAGCCAAUAAUCAGUUAAAAAUUCCACCACAUUUCUCCUUAGAAAAAGGACUUAAAAGAAUUCAAAACAUUGAUACUACCAAAGAUCCCUUAUUACAGAAUCUCGCAGAUGUAAUAAUGAUGUUGUGUAUGAGACCUGCUGAAGUAUCCAGCCUCCAGAUUGAUCACUACGAAAAUAAAGGAGAAAAUAAGGAUGAUCCAGAACCUCGACUAUUCCUAUCAAUAGAGAAGAAUUCAGAAUAUGCAAGAGCAUUGCUUAUCUGGAUUCAAGAGGCUAUAAAGGCUGGAAAGUUAAGUGAUUCUACCUUUAGUAAAAAUGGAAAGCACAAUACUAGGGCAUUUAGCAAGUUUUUGAAGCCUUAUAAAAUCAUGCCUAAAAUAUUAAGAAAAAUAGAAGGAAAACAUGCCUGCAGAGUUCACGGUGGUCCAAACCCAACUCAUCAGCAUCUUGAUCUUCUUAACAGAAUAGCAUUGAGGCAUAAGAUUGUUCGUCUAGAUGCGGGAAAGAAUUAUGCUAUAGGCGAUACAGAAUUAGAAGACUCUGACCUCGAAUCCGAAUCUGACCAAGCGCCUAGUCCAAUCUCUGGAUCUCAGGCCUCAUCAUUCCAACCUAAAAACAAUAAUUCUAAUCCCUUUGAAUCUCAAAUAGCAGAAAUUGAUUCAAUGCUAGCUAGCUUCUAA